UCAACACAGUGGGAAUGACACUUUAAGUGUAAGAGAGAGUCGACCAGACGGAGUACAUCAGAGUGCUCAACCUUCCAUCUCCAAACUACUCCUCUUUUGUCCUGGUCCCGACUGCUGCCAGUGUGUUAGCGAGUGACGAGGCUCCAUGGUGUGUUUGAACCAGGAGGACUGGCUUACACAGGUCAGAGCUGUCUGGGAUAACAGUGAGCGCUUUUUUGUCUGCAUUUGUGCAUGUGUGAGAGAGUGCCGUGUGCUGGUUUCCUCAGAUGCCUCUCUCAGUGGCGGAGUCUGCAGUAAAUAUCUGAAACCCCACCUUCCUCUUCCUCUGUGGCCAACAUGUCCCAGCUGCUCCAUGUGGAGAUCCCAAACUUUGGAGCCACAGUUCUGGGCUCCCUUAAUGAGCAGCGCCUGCUGGGACACUACUGCGAUGUAUCCAUCCUGGUCAAAGGUCAGGCUUUCAAAGCCCACCGGGCCGUUUUGGCUGCCAGCAGCCUCUACUUUCGUGACCUCUUCAGCAGCUCCACCAAGAGCCAGUUUGAGUUGCCCUCCUCAGUCACACCUGCUUGCUUUGAGCAGAUCCUCACUUUCUGCUAUACAGGGAAGCUAACAAUGGCAGCUAGUGAACAGCUGGUGGUCAUGUACACAGCUGGCUACCUCCAGAUUCAGCAUAUAGUUGAAAGAGGCAUGGACCUAAUGUUCAAGGCAAACUCACCUCACUGUGACUCGCAAACAGCCGGGUCUUUAGAGGAAGCAGGAUCCGAGCCGCAGAGUCCUUGUAAUAAUGGAAACGGGUUAGCGGUGGCUGCCCUUCUGGGAACCCCGGGCUGGUCUCCAUCCCUACUCAUGCCUCAGCGUAAGAUUAAACUAGAAGGGGGUGACCCGACGCCCCUGACAACACAUUUGGCGCAUGGCAAGAUUUCGUCUUCGGAGUUGGGGAGUCGCUUGGCAAGGGCCAGUUCACUGUUCUACACGACGGCUGGUGGCACCGCCAUCCCCGGUAUGCCUUCUUACCACCAUCAAGGGGCCGGUGGCGGUGGAACGGGAGGAGGAGCAGGAGUUGAAAGGUCCAGUCCUGGAGCGUCCAGCCUGCCAACCACUGACAGUCCUACAUCCUACCAGAAUGAGGAUGAGGAGUUUGAGGAAGAGCCCUAUGAUGGGAUCACAGAGGACGCCUACAGUCAUCUCUACGGACGUUCCGCUAACCCUUACGGUAUCCAGGACAAGCCGGAGAUGGCAGCGAUGCCCUUGGCCUUGGAGAGCCGCAACUGUGUGCUGAUCCGCAGGGACCUGGUGGCACUGCCUGCGAGCCUCAUCAGCCAGAUAGGAUACCGCUGCCACCCUAAGCUCUACACUGAGGGGGACCCUGGGGAGAAGCUGGAAUUGGUAGCUGGUACACAGGUGUUCAUGACUCGUGGACAGCUGAUGAAUUGUCAUCUAUGUGCUGGUAUCAAACACAAAGUCUUGCUUCGCCGCCUGCUAGCCACGUUCUUCGAUAGAAACACUUUAGCCAAUAGCUGUGGGACAGGCAUCCGCUCCUCGACCAGUGACCCCAGUAGGAAACCCCUGGACAGCAGGGUCCUCAACGCUGUCAAACUCUACUGUCAAAAUUUCAACCCCAACUUCAAGGAGAGUGAAAUGAAUGUGAUUGCUGCUGACAUGUGCACGAAUGCGAGGCGUGUCCGCAAGCGAUGGUUGCCCAAGAUCAAGUCCAUGCUGCCCGAUGGCAUGGAGGUGUACCGCGCAGGAAUGGGCAUGGGUGCUGCUGUGGGUCUGGGCCUAGCACUGGGUGCCGCUCAACCAGGGGUGCCCCUCCCCUUCGAGCCUGACUUCAAGGCCCUAGACCAAAGGUUGUAUCCAGAUCGCAAGGACCCUCUCAGGACUCACCCAGCGCUGGCAGACAGCAGCCCCGGGUCUGGGGCAGCUGGAGCAGAGGCUGAAGGUGAAGGCGAGGGAGCAGUCCAGGAGGAUCAGGAGGAAGAUGAGGAUGAUGCUGGGUUAGAAAGUGUAGACGGAUCACUGGGGGCGCCAUCUUUGAUCCCAGGAGCUGAGGCAGGCAAUUGUGGCGACACGCCGCCCGAGCAGGAAGUGGAAAAUUUUGGACAAGGUCUGAGGGUGAACGGACAGUGAAUGUCCCUUUGGGCUGCCUCUCACGUUGUGAAAUCUGUUUAACGCCGCGUUUUCUUUUGCUUGCUCUCUUACUCUAACAUCUCGUCCACCACUCUUUCUUCUCCUCUGUGCUUCCUCAUCGGGAAUUAUUCAGCACAAAAAGCUGCGCUCGUAGAUCUUACUAUACAGGAAUUUGUCACACAUGCAUGCGCACCCGGGUGCUUGUGUCCACGCAUACUUACUGAUUGUGGAAGUAGAUUAUUCAUAGUAGAAGUAGACACAGGCAUGGCAUUAGCACAUUAAGAAAAUCAACCCAUUCUGCCCUUUUCUUACUAUAUUCAGUAUUUACUCAGUAUUUCGGCACCUGCAGCAGGAUUACAAAGGCCUGAUGGCAGAACAAAGGCUGGAAUAAUUCAUAAUUUCUAUGUUGUACAAAUGCAACAGCUGCUUUGCUGGCAAUUUAUGGAUUGUGGUUAUAAAAUGAUUCUGUUUUCUUGGAAAGCCAUAUCUGAAAAUAACCUGAGAAACCUUAGGAAAAAACAAAGCUCUCUUAAAAAGCGGUUUAUUUUUCAAGGACUGUAUUAUAAUUAAAUGUAAUUAACUGCAUUACCAUCAUCAAACAGAACCAUUGUCCUUGUGUUAAAACACCACGUCCUUUUUAUUUUAGGAUAAAGACAUUUUUCUGCGAAAGCUAAAGACUUCCUAACAAACCAACAAAUAAUCUAUCACAUGGAGUUGGCUUUUUCAUGCAUAUCUGCCCGUGACAUACUGGAUUAGAGUGUCAAUGUGAUGCCUGUGUCUGCUCCAGACCGCCCCUCCCAACCACACACACAAACAGAACCACACACACAUAUGAGCACAUUUCUCCCCUUAUGAUACUUAGCCUUUCAUAUCUGCAUCUAAGCAUUGAAAAUACACUUUCCAAAAAAAAGAAAAAAGUACCAGUGCUUUUUAACGUACAAAUAAAUCUUUUCUGAUUACAUCAUUCUGUCUUAGAGAUAAAGAGAGAGACAUGGACAAGAACAUGCACUUAAAAACCAAGCUUGCAUGCAUGAAUACAAACAGUGGAUACAGAGAAUUAUUGUAAACAACAACAAAGCCACAAACCUGCAUCUAAAUAAGAAAACAGCUACUGUUGCCUCCAGAUAUGCCAUUUAAGGACUUCUUUCCAUUUAUCACUGGGAUUUAACCUCAGUCUGACAUGUGUUAGAACUGACCAGGGUGUGACACGGGAUCGACCGUGUUCGACACAAUACUGAUUGGAUUUUCUUUUCUAACGAUGGAGCGUGCUUUCACCACGUGUAGAGGAGAUUGAAUAUAUGGAGUAGUAAGGGGGGGGGGAAGCGCACUACACUGAGUGGUAGAAGAGAGAAGCACUGUUUCAUCCUGAUGUGGUGGUGUGAUUGGCACCAAGACUACAUAGUCCUGCUUCCAUCCUGUUCAUUUUUUUUUUUUUUUUUCCUGGGGGGGGUUGGGGGUAAGUUAUUGAAUAAAUCUUAUAAGAGCAAUUUAUGCUGACUUUUUGCAUUUGCACUCAAACAAAAGGUUAAAGGGUGGGAAACUAAGGAGUUUGGCAAAAAAUGUGAUUGUACUAAAGACUGAAAAUGUCCUCCACAUCACCCUGAUUGUUUAUUUGAUGAGAAGAAUGUGGGUUUGUAAAGAGAAAACUAGUCCUUCUGAAGAUUUCUAUAUUUCGGAAGGGGGCGGGUGAAGCAAUGUCGAACAGGGACAAAAACCUGUAUGUGUCAUAGUCAUUUUCUUUUUUUUGAUAUCUGUUCUGCUGUUCAUGCUUUCUGCCACGCAUAUAGGGACAUAGUCCAAACAACCUUCCUUUGUUGUUUUGUGCAUUGAUUUUUAGAGAUACACUGAUGUUUUAUGUUGUUUUUUUUUGUUCUUUGUUUUCUGCAUCAAAGCAUAUUUAAUCACAAGGUCAGACCAUCAAAUUUAGUAAACCCCAAAAAGUUAUUGGCAAAAUAAAUAAUACUUUUCCACUGUAAAAAAUGUAUAGCAUAAGCUAGCAACCAAGCAAAAAAUACAGUAUAUACCUGGGAUAUUUGAUCUGUUUGUUUAUGCAUCAGUGCUGUGCCACCUCAAAGGUUGUGUUUACGUGUCCUGUGUCGGAUUCUUUAGGAGAAGCUUUAACAUGGCCCUGCACAAGAAACACAGAGUAUAAUUGCACUAGGUAAUAAUAAUAUUAACGUUUACAGUAUCUAGGUUUCUUAUUUUUCUUUAGGAGGAAAUGUGAUCCACCAUAGAUGAAACAGGGCAGUGAUUGAAUGACUGUGAUGAUGAAUGAAUGUAAACUGUAGCACUGCUUUAAGGAGGGGUCCAAGCCUUGAUUGAAUACGGUCAAAUACUUUUUAUAUAU